AUGGUUCCCACGGCCAGCAUCUGCUCCAUCUCCCUCGGCCGCGGCGCUGCUGGCCACAAACUAGAAUAUAAGCUGCAAAUGGCUGCCCAACAGGGGUUCCGAGGUAUCGAGCUCUUCUACGAGGACUUGAUCCAUGUCGCGGAAUCCAUCCAAGGGGGCGACACCCCGGAAAACGAACUCGCUGCAGCAGUCAUGAUUCGACACAUGUGCGAGGAGCGCGGCCUUUCCAUCGUCUGCCUCCAGCCCUUCAUGCACUACGAGGGCCUGGUCGAUCGGGCUCUGCACCAGCAACGGAUCGAGGAGAUGCAUCACUGGGUGAGGCUGUCGCACAACCUGGACACUGAUCUCAUUCUGUUGCCAAGCAGCAACCUGGGCCCCGAGCACAUUUCCGAAGAAGUCGAUGUCAUCGUUCAAGACAUGCGGGAAGUCGCCGAAAUUGGCCUUCAGGCCCGGCCCGUCAUCCGGUAUGCCUUCGAGGCCUUGUGCUGGGGCACCCGGGUCGACACGUGGGAGGCCAGUUGGGAUGUGGUCAAGAGGGUGAACAGGUCCAACUUUGGCAUGUGCCUGGACUCUUUCAACAUUGCCGGAAGGAUAUAUGCGGAUCCCACAAUGUCCUCUGGUUGCACGAAAGACUGCGACGAGGCGCUCGUUCGGUCGGUUGCUACCAUGGUUGCCCAGCUGGACGUUUCGAAGCUGUUCCUCGUGCAGGUUGCGGAUGCAGAAAGGCUGUCAAAGCCGCUUACGCCGCAGCACGAAUUCUACAACCCCGAACAGCCGCCGCGGAUGAGUUGGUCGCGCAACGCUAGGCUAUUCUACGGCGAGGACAAGCACGGGGCUUAUCUCCCUGUGCGAGUCAUUCUAGGCGCUAUUGUGACGGACAUGAGAUACAAGGGAUGGCUGAGCUUUGAAGUGUUCAACAGGGCAUUCUUCAAUCCUGAUCCCAGGGUGCCUGCUCUCAUGGCGCAGCGCGCUGCCCGCUCGUGGAGGAAAAUGGUGGCAGAACUGGAUUUGACGACAGAGCAGCCAUUGGAAAGGGGCAAUUGGUUAAAUACAUAG